GGUGUUAUUAGCUCGGGAUCCCUUAAUUUUAACGCGCUAGAAAUGGUCAUCAAUAAUGCUUCCACUACGAAUAAUUUCUCAAUAUUCUUGAAAACUUUCAACCUAUCAGAGACGAUUGAUCUUUUCAGUCAAGGUAAGGCGUGGGUCUGAUGAACUGUUUAAAAAAAAAACAACAACCCGACCACGUCCAUAUUUAGUGCUUUCAUGCGAUUCUAUAGCUUCAUUAUAUUUGGUAUUUUUAACGAUUUUGAUCUGCAUGGCCAGUUAAUUAAAAGGUUCUGAGAGCUGUCCGGUUGGUAAACGCUACCAAUGCAUAACUUUUUAAUCUCAGUUGUAAACUGUGAGUACCCGAUUCUCAGUGAUUCAUUGCUGAUCUGUUUGCCAGUUUUCUGUGCUAACAUUCAUCUACCAUUCCUUUUUUUUAUUUUCUUUUAAUGCUGUAAUUGUGUGCAUCUGGAAACUCGUUGUAUGUCAAUGCGAGGGUCGAUGAAGAGAUUUCCGCCCAAUGUGGAUGUUGCUAGUUCCAUCGAUUAACAUAUAUGUAUAUUUUAAAACAAAUGAGCUUUAAAAGCGUUGUUAUUUUUCAUGCUAGUGACCUGAAUUUUCCACUCAAUCCAUGUUAUUUUCAGCUUCACUACUCAUUCAGCAAAACGUUAUAGCACUCAUCGACGAAGGAGGUCACACAAAAACUUCAUCAUGUGCACUAUCUACAUUAACAAACACCCCCCUUAUCCGUCUCAAUGGACACAGUGCGCCAUUCAGUCAGUGUGAAAAACUGGUCCAAAUGUCACCUGGGUAUAAAGAUUAUGCGCAUGCUUCUCUGGCAAUCCUCAAGACGUUCAGAUGGGAAAACGUUGCCUUGGUUUUCGAUGGUACGUUAAAAUACAAUAAUUAUAUAUUUUUUAACGAAGGAUUUUGACAGCAAGUAGAAAGGGACAGGAAGGGGAGCGAUGCUUCAUUCUAAAAUUGCAUGAGAUUCUUUUUAAAGAGAAUACUUUAAAAUUAAUAUUUUCUUUCUUUGUCUGUUUAUUCGUCUUGGUUUGUUUUGUUUUUUCUCCUUGAUUUUUUAGGGGGUUUUAUAUCCCUCUGGUGUUGAACCGUAGCCAAAAAGCUUUUGACUCCUCCUCUUUUAAUUUAGUUUUCAAAAGAUUAUGGCAGACUCUAACAUUGAAUGUUAGUAGUGGGUGAAAAACAACUAAGGGGUAAAAUGCGGAUAUACCCUCUGAGUAGCUAUGUUACUGCUGAUUGACAGACACCUUUUUCUAGCUUGAUAUUUAACUAGAAAGUGAAAAUUUAAGAAAUGUAUUUGAAAAGAUGGGAAAAAUUCAACUGCUACAGUCUUGAAUGCUAUUUGGACAGGUAUGUUGUUAAACCAAGGGCAAGAAUAGAACCAAGGGGAACAGUUUAAUUCAGCCUUUUCGAAAAUCGUUCCGUGAUUUUUUGAAUUUCUUCAAUUUUGAAUAUCCAAGAAAAUUUCGGCUCACAAACGUUUUUGCAAACUUAGCUUCUUUUACAAGGGGCACGUUACGGGAAGCUCUUAAGAUCUUUUGAAAAACACUUUUCAAUUUGAUGGUUAUAAAAAAGAACUAAGUAGAUUAACACUGCAUUUGAUUGCACGCAAGUAGCUGAAAAAGACAACGCUGCUAAUUUCGUGUUGAGUGUAAAUAUUGACCUCGAGUUUCUGCACCUAAAAUAAAACCACUAGAAACGGCUUGCUAGCUCUAAAUGAGAUACGAGAUCUCUAAGAAUUUUACUUACCACAGUCGUUUCAACUGCAAGUGGCCGCAGUUUACUGAAAUCUUCCGUCGUUUUAAUAACCACGGACUAAACCCCGUGUUGCGUGAUGAAAGCCCGUGUGUGAUUUGAGUCUUGUCACGCAACUGUACAGACAAGGAUAAAUCAUCGCAGGAGUUUACAAGAAAAAAUACAAUGACAAUUAACACUGUUUUUUUUUUAAAUUAUUUUUAUAUUUUAUUUUCCCCAAAACAUGUCGAACUAAACUUGAGUUUAGGAUGUACAAGCCGAAACUCAAAUAGAGAAAGAAAACAAAUAGAGUAAGCCGAGUCUGCAAAACUUUUCACACUAGUUUUUUUUUAUUUGCGCUUAGCCUUCCGAGCCUUUGCUUGUAAUAAACUAAUCUUAACCCCGCUUGGCGUAUAGACUUCUCUGUCGAUCACCUCAGUAUGAAUUGAGGGAUUUAGGUACACACGUACGCCAUAUGCAACAUGAAGGUAGAGCAGGGAUACGGAAACGAGUAAAACUGUUUAAAGAAAAAUUGGCCAACACUCCGCAAAAGAACAUUCCUGAAAAACCACAAAUCGACACUGGACAAUGGACACAUUUGAUGAGCGAAAUACAAGUAUUUAACAUGUUUAAAUUACUGAAAGUAGUAUUGCUUUGCUCCUCUGCAGCAAGGGUAUCUUCUGGCUAGACCUCAACCUGCUGUUGACGAUCUAAUCCCCCGCCCCUUGUAGGCCAGUCUACACAUUAUGGCGUUAGACCAGAAUGCACGUACAUGCUAGCUUCCGCCUAAAAAAGGAAUAGUCACCUGGCUCUCUCCGCCAUCACCCCCCGGCACUCUUUCGCAGGCUAGAAAAUAAACCAAUUUACUGACAAGACUGACAAGUUCUUUUAAUCCGUCGCCCAAAUGAAAAAAUGCUUUAAAAUGCCUCAGCCAUUUUACCUAUCAUCUUUUAACCAAAUACGUUGCGCGGAAAAGAGAUAAAAGGCUGAAAAUAGCCUUUCAUAUCGAUUUAAAAUUUCAGAUGGAGAAUGCCCUUUUCGCUAGGUCUGCACCUGCAGUGAACUGUGUGCUAAAACUCCUUCGCGGUGGUAUCCCUCAGGCAAAAACGACCGCCUAGCAGCGAGGAGCGAGGAGAGAAGUCUGUGGCCAUUUUCGAAAAGAGAAAGAAGUGUAAAGGCUGCACCUUCAUCGCUCAGAAAACAUCUGCUUAUAUCAUUUUCUUCAGGCCGCUCAGAGUCAUCAAUUAAUGUGCCCUUACGGACCCCUUUUAAAUGAGCAGACAGUAGGCUCUUCUGGAACGGUACAACGUGAUUUGUUCUCCGCCACCCGGAACCAAACAUUUAGCGGUGGUGAGGAAAAACUUUUAUUUUCAUGCGCCAAUUUUGUGGAUCAAACAAAGUCUGCUAGCUCUAAAUGCAGCGAUAAAGACAUGAAUUUUUGUAUGUGUAGGCUUGAUCCUGAUGGAGAACCCAAUGCCUACCAACCCAACGAUCUCCUCUUCCUGCCCUAAACUUAAACAAGCUAAGUAGACUUUUCAUGACAUUACCAUUGUCACCUGAGAUCUCUUGUAAAGUUCACUAAAAUAAUAGCAAGCACCUUCGUAGCCUAUUCACAGACCCUCUACUUUUUCUUUAGAGAUCGUCGAUCUAUUUUCUCUUUGGCGAUCGUCGAUUUCGCGUAUGAAAAUAAAAACCGCAGGAAUGUUAUUGACCAUUAGCGCAAGGGGAUCUCUCUCGCGCGCUCGCUUCGCUCGCGUGCUGGUCCAUUUUCGAAACGAAAAAGGAGUGUAAAAGCUGCACCUUCGUCGCUCAGAAAACGACUGCGUAAAUCAUUUUCUUCAGGCCAUACAGAGUCAUCAAUCAAGGUGCCUAUAUGGACCUCUCUAUGAGCAGCUAGUAGCCUGAUCUAGAACGGUACCACGUGAUUUGUUGCACCGCCACCCGGAACCAAACAUUUAGCAAUGGUGAGGACAAACUCUUAUUUUCAUGCGCCAAUUUUGUGGAUCAAACAAAGGUCACCUAACGUAACUGCAGAAAACCUUACUUUUAUCAUUAGCAUGGUAGGGUCGAUGUUUGGUUAUUGCCCUACAUUCUCACGUGACUAACAAUUCAGGAGCAUACCAAAUGACUCACGACAUCUUUUCUAUGAUCGCAAUACAUUCCGCAUUACUGGGGCCACAGGCGCCAGAAACCACGUUUGAAUAUGUGCCAGAUGCAAAACGAACAUACAUCAAAGAUUUGCACCUUAAGACAUUUAUUCCAGGAAUUUCUUUUCCGGCGCGUUACGCGUCACCCACUUCCGGAAUGUCAUCUUCCCUCGUGUCGACAGAUUGAAAACAUACACAAACUUAACUUUGAUUCUGCCUUGAUGCAGAAUUUACUUUUUGAUACUGUGACCCCGUCUAGCAUUUAAGUUCAGGUAAGUAAAGAACUUUUCUGAUUUUAAGGUUUCAAUACAAUUAAAACUAUAGCAAGCGAGUGUUUCGACAAUAUUCCCCUCUACUAACUGUGAUUUGAACUGCGUAUUCGUGUCUCUUCAUUGUGGCUUAUCGCAAAAAUCAGUUGAAAGGAAUCAUGUUAAACCAAACAGAAACGCCGAAAUAUAAUCUGAAACCGUUGCAACUCUGACUAGGGUUUAAAUAUCGAAGUAACUUAUGUUUGAAAGGAUUAAUAUUCCAAGCGCCGAAACUUGCUCUUUGCACGCGCUUUCCUGGUGUCAAAAUACCCUUCAGGUUUUGGUCUCUCGACGGUGCGCAUUUGGAAUGCCGCCAGAAAUAUUUUAACGCAAACAACAGCAAAGGAUAUGUUUCAAUACAGUUCUUGUUUUAUAGUGAAAUUCCAUGUACCAACUGGGUUUUUAAGAUGGUAAAGUUAGGUCAAAUUUGCCAUUUUUGAAAAGUGCUGAGACCGUGCUUCUUCUUGCGACCGGUACAGUCUCAUUUAAACGGUUUAUUUAAAGUUAAUUGGUAAAUUAUAUAGUAAAAAUGUGUGUCUGUUUUGUGAUUUGAUUUCAUCUAGAGACAUUAUUCCGUUUUUCUGUACGAGCUCAAAGAAAAUGCUCAAUUUUCGCUAAUUUCAUACUCGAAAGAGCGCCGAUUUAGAGUUUUUCCAACUUUGCCUGAUUCCUGAAAAAAUAAAAAGCUCUUACAAGUUUUAAGGUGAUUUUUGAAAUUAGUGUACUAUAGAGAUUAUUUGGGCAAAAGAUGAAGAAAUUCAAAAAUUCACGACUGUCAAGCGAUUCUCGAAAAUUACAGACAUUGGCUCUUAAAAACGAUUCUGUCUCGAGGUGAGGUUUUCACGUAUAAUGUGAAAAAAAGCUUUUUAUCAUGAUUCCAAUAUCUGCAACCUGACCUUGGAUUUCUAAAUUCCUACAGUGUAAUAAAGUCAAUCAAUCAAUCCGUCAACCCUUUUUUCCACAGUCAGCAUUCAUUAAGGGAAACUCAGACACUUUUUUUUAAUCAUUUUAGGAAAUCGCCUACAAGAAGUUGGAUAUUUCCACGUGCUAUCUCAGAGAUCAAAUAUUAAUGCAACUUUAGUGGAGAUUUCUGAGGAAAUGUUGAACGAGGACUCGACAGUUCCCAUAUGGAGAGCAAUCGAAGAAAUAAAAAGCCUUAAAGCUGAAGUCAUUCUCCUUUUUACCAGUGAAAGAAAUAUGGGCAUAAUGUUGCAACAGGUUACUCAGCCUUUGGAUUUAAUGUCUGGCUAUUGUAAUAUUCAGAAAGUAUAAGGUAUUUCAUUGGUGUUUAUUCAUCUACCCGUUCCUGUUUAUUUCUUGUCAGGCUCCUUGUAGGGAUAAAUUCUACAAAUGGAUACUUCAAGGACAGGUUUGAAAACAAGUGUUCUGUUAUUAAUCAACCCGUCGUCGUGAGUUUAAACUAAAUAUUUUACUCCUAUUACCAUUAUUACUUUUUCGAAUUGCAGUUUCCGUUAAACUUGAGCAGUCAUCCAAACAAUGUGGUUCUAGCAAUGAAACUCAGGCGUCCUAAAAAUUUAUCUUCUAGAGCCGUAAAAGAAACGGUAAGAUUUAAUGGCAUAGCAGGGCAUUCAAUUUAACUUUUUGGCGUCUUUAACAGGCUGUGUUUUUCAGACCGAAAGCCUUAGAAGAUUGCAAAGACUGCAGAUGAACGGUCUACAUUUGAGUCACCAACACUUUUUUUCAGUUCCAUAAUAUUAGUUUGAAAAUUACCUAUUUAAUUAAGUGUGUGCAAAACGAAACGAAUCAAACACAUAUGAAAAGAUCUCUCGUCUUAAACAGGAUAGCGAAAUGAGCAAUCUUUGUUUUAAACAGGGUCAGUGGGUUUAAAGGCUUCGGCGGUACACCUCUACCCAGACUUCCCUAGAGUACCCCCUCCCCCACCCACUCCCCUGCUCAGAGCGCAGAAAUUCUCUAUUACAGCAGAACCCUCCGCAGUAAGGGCUUGGAGAAAAAGCUUUUCAGAAGUUCCUGAUUGGGAUGAUUGUUUUGUGAAUAUAUACAAGUCCUCGAUAAGAUAAUAAGCUCACUAGACAAUUCUCUUUUAAGGUUAUGCACAGAAUAAUCACACGACAAACAAAGAACUGCUGAAAUGUAAAUUAGCUUCUGAUGACAGGUGUCCUUUCUGCCUUCAUCCUGAUUCAAUUCAAGAGUCAAAGGAAUUCCUUUCCAAAACGAAUAUCAAAGGGAGAACGUACAACUUUUUAACAAGCUAAAUUUAGUUGACACAUUCAAAGACUCCUGUCCAUUGCAAAUGUCAAAUUCCAACUUAAAGCAAACUCAGUCUAUUGGCUUUAUUGCAAAACAAAUACUUGUAUACUUGCAAAAACAUCGCAACGAAACUUAAUUUUGAACAAUAUCCCAUUGAAAAUUGUGGCGAACAAUAUUAAAUAAGUGUGGCAACUGAUAUGCUUUAAUCUUCCAAUAGUUUAUAUUUCUAUCGUUUUUUUAAUUAUUUUUUUAUUUAUUCUUUUGUGUGUUUAAGCAGUAACUAAGUUUUGUUACCAACUGACCUAUUUAUUUAGUUUUUGCUAUUGCUGUGUAUUAAUGUUGUUAAUGUUUCGUCAAUAAAAAAAAAAUAUUUAAAAAAUACAGCGGACCGCGGUUCUUAUUUGUUCACAUUUUGAAUUCACCUUUGUGUUGGGACUCUUUCCAUAGGAACAAGCUUCACUAGCUUACGAUGCCGUCCAAGUUAUAAGUCAGGCUUUGAUCAGAGAACCUUGCUCAUCGAUAAAUGGAACCACAAUUACUUCAAAUGAAAGAAAUACCAUGCUAACCUGUAUCAUUAAGGUGAACUAGAAAUACGUUAUUGUAAAAAUCUUGCCAAGCUGAAAGGGUCACCAGUGAGAAACAAGCCAAAGGGAAAAAAUAUGAAAAAAACAAAAAAACAAAAACAAAAUCAGAACCAAAAAAUGUACAGAGUAAACGAAGUUGCCAAGCCGAGAUUCGAACUUACACCAAGAUUAUCUCCUGCGGGACAAGUCAGCUACCAGACCACUGGACCACGCUUCCCCUGAAGUUUUUUUUCACAACGGAAAAUAAAUAGAUUUAGGCAUUUUUCUCUGCCAUUCACGCCGUUUGAAGCUUGUGGAGCUGUGCUUAUCAUGAAUUUAAAGAUAAAUUGGACGAAAAUUAGCUUAAACGAGUAUUUCAAAGUCAUUUCGCAUUACUCAUUCCAGUGUUUAUUAUUCACUUUCGGGCUUGACGCGCGUUCGUCUUCUUCUUCAUUGUUCUGGCUGAAGUUCAUUUCGCCGUUAUUUAUCAUAAUAGUAAAAACUUUUAUACAGUCUCAAGCUUUUAGCUAAGCACAAGUGCUCAAACUAAUGAAGGUGGUCCACUUUGACCGGUCCGGUCAUCUCGUUUGGUCGGAUCGAAAUGUCCCUUUCCAUUUGACAAAAUUGUUGUCCCUAGUACUGCUCCUUUGUAUCCUGCUUGCAAGAAUAAUAAGCAAACGCGCGGUGGCUUGGCUCGGGUCUGUGCAAACGGAAUGUAUCGUUCAAUUCGGCAGUAAAACGCGGGUCGGGGUCGGGGUCCAUCUUUCUUUAAAGAAUGCGGUCUUAGGGUUAGUGUUAGGGUAGGGUAAGUGUUAGGGUAGGGGUAUGGUUAGGGUUAGUGUCAACCCUAACCGUAAAACCCGCCCUUUACUGACACCCCAUUCGGCACGUAGAAUUUCCGAAAUUUCAAACGGAGAUUUUUACUGAAUGGCACUGUUGAGUUUGCAGCUCGCUGUUAUUUGCCCAGAAAUACGUACGUCACAAUCAACAUGAAAGUCGUGCACCAUCGAAAUCAGUGGCAAACCUCUGAUGUUAAAGUCUAACUUACAAAAGUAAGUUUGCCGCAGAGUGAUAAAAGACCAGUUAUGAAAGUGUUGUAACUGGAAACUGUACCUUCAAUGGAAUGAACCUAUGCGAACAUUAAACCUCUGACACUCAAAUGCCAGGAACAGCCCCUUUUAUGGUUUUGUUACAAUCCACAGGCCAAUGUUAAUGGUGCAACAGGAAAUGUCCAAUUUGACGAAGGUGGAACGAGAAAAGGGAUUGAGUUUGAUAUCUAUAACUUAAGGAACAACUCCUUCCAAGUUGUAAGUAAUGAAGAUUUUGGGUAUUUAGAAUUAAGCUUUCCCGAGGGUAAUACCGUAUUCCCGUCAUUUUCUCAAGUCUUCUACAAUGCUUGAAUUUGUGAUUUUGAUUCUUUCAUUCUAGUUAUGUAAAAAAGUGUUUUAAGCAUCAUGAAAAUCAUCAAGGGUAAAAAUGAAAUUAGAGCUCUUGGGAUCGACUGUGCCGUUAUGACAUCAAGAAUGACGUGGUUUAUGACGUAUCGUGCUAUUUUAAUUCUGUAAAGAUCCCUUUUUGAUUUUUCAGGUAGGUUCGUGGAACUCGACGAAGCAUUUCACCAUGUUUAAGAAUUUGUCGUGCAACAUGGGAAAUCGAUUUCAAACAGGGGCUCUGGAAGGAAGAAAACUUAGAGUUGUUGUCAAGGAGGUAUUGAAAGCACAUUCAAUUUAUAGCUCUCUAAUAUUUUUAAUUCUUGAAAGAUAUGACUCUUUAUACCCAUUUUUUUUUUUUUUUUUUCAAUCAAUACAGGAUGACCCAUUUGUUAUUAAAGAGAAGACCAAAGACGGUGCUAUUUCAUUCAAGGGAUAUUGUAUUGAUCUGUUGGAGGAAUUGGCGAGAAAUCUUCAUUUUACCUAUGACAUCUACACCACCCCAGACGGUAACUAUGGCGCCGAAGCCGAAAACGGGACUUGGAAUGGCGUGAUUGGAGAGCUGAUAAAUCGGGUAGGUAUCAAACAAUCAAUUCACCUUAUUCCUUGGCGAAAGAAUCGAGGACAAAGACAAAAAAUAACUAAAACUAUGACUAAAAGAAGUUUUUUUCUUUCCUUGAAAGCGUGCUGAUAUGGCUGUUACUGCCUUAACCAUAACCGAACGCAGAGAGAAUGUAGUGGACUUCGCCGUUCCAUUCAUGUACUACUCUAAAGAAAUGCUGCUCAUGAAGAAAGAGUCGGCAAGAAUUCAUCUCCUACAAUUUGCUGACCCGUUCCAUGAAAAUGUUUGGUACACUUUACUUGCCUGUAUCUUCAUCAUAUCCGGGGCUGUGUUUGUCUUGAACUAUUUCAGUCCUUAUGGCUACAAAGAUGAGAAUGGCCGGGGGACAUCCUGGGAGUUCAGCUUUCCCAACAGUGUCUGGUUUUCAUUGAGUUGUAUGUUGCAGCAAGGAGAAGACAAGACACCAAAGAGUUUGUCAGGUGGUGGUCCUAAGUUAGCAUGUCGUAAAGUUUUAUGUUCCCCUUCAUGGAAUUUCGUCCCAAAUGUCCGUCACGUCAUCCGAUAAAAAAAUUGUAAAGAAGUUCUGGUUGAUAGUGUUACUAAAGUUAGAAUAGUACUUCUCUGUUGUAAUAAGCGUCCAAUGCUGUAAGGCCUUGAUCCUUUUGGACGGACAUGCAAAUUCAUACCGUGGGAGGGGUAGAUGCAAUCCUCCUUUUUGUUGUUGUGUGUGUGUGUUAUAUAAUAGCGACCUUUUUGACCCUAGAUCAGGUAAAUGGCUUUUGCCCAUGGACAAGGAUUUCUUGUGGGGUCACGGGUGAAAUUGCCACCCAAAAAUUUCGGAUCAUUAUACGUUUCUGGGAAACUGCCCACCUACCCUUUCCCUAAGGGGACAUUAAGUGAGAAGUAAGUGUUAAUGUUGGCGUAGGGGAGGGGUGAGUGGGCAGUUUCCCAGAAACGUAUAAUGAUCAUAAUUUUCAUGGAUACGCUAAAAGAAACAAACAGAAAAUCCAUGACAGUUUCCGAGGAAAUUUCCAUGGCCACAGACCCAAAAAGCGAUUCAAUCAAUAAGGAGUCCAACAGCACAACGUAUUAAGCACUAAAAACCAAUACGUGCCGUGUUCGUCCUAGUGUCAAAUCCUACCCGUAUAGACACAGUGAGAGUUCGACAACAUUGCAUGAGUUCGAUAGCUGGUGUGAUUUUGUUUUUACGUUUAAUAAAUUCAAAAGCACUUUGCGAUGUACAGAAGUCAGUUCUUUCCAGGUCAGGUCAAGAUUUCUUCCCUUUUAAGAGAAGAAUAUUUUCUUAAGAACUCUUAGCUGCUCGGCUUUGGAGUCGCCGGAGCCAAAUUUUCGGAGGCAUGAUUUGACUGGCGAGCGACAGCUUAACGUGAACUAAAAAGUAAAAAACUCCAAGUACUGGAGACAUGUAGUUGCAGUGUAUCUGAGGUUGACAGCGUGGUCUUCUUUGUUCUAUUAAAAUGAAGAAAAAAAGUCAGUCUAAGGGGUAGCAUCAAUCCCCCACUUUCCUUCUUAGAUCUCUCCUAGAAUAAAGCUCAACUUUUAUAAUUAGGUAUCUUAUUCAAAUCACAUAUUUUAGAGUCACGAAAAAAACAAACAAACAACAAUAACAACAACAACAAAAAACAAAUUUGGGAUAUACUAUAUGCUUUAAUUAUUUGUAAAGUUUUCAUAACGUACGUUUUAAAGCCUAAUUUUACUAUUCAGGUCGCGUCCUCACUGCCUGUUACUGGUUCUGCAUCCUUGUUUUUGUUUCAUCCUACACCGCCAACCUCGCAGCAUUUUUCACGGUGAAGAAUACAAGGUAUCCAAUCAAUAACCUCAAUGACAUCUUAACGUCGUCUUAUAAGGUAGUAAUAAUAUCCUCAGGAAGUACUUACGAGUUUUUCAAGACAAGUCAGAUAGAAAAGCACAGACAAAUUUGGCGCAGGGUUGAAGAGCAUGGCACAGUUGCUCAAAACAUCAACCAAGGCAUCCAAUGGGUGAAAGAAAGAGAAGAAAUGGUACUAAUAUAUGAUGGCCCGAAGCUCCGUCAUGUUGCCAACAAACAACCCUGCGAUUUGACCACAGGUAACUACACAAUACAAGCUCUGAAUUCAAGCGAAAACAGCUUGGGUGAUGCUUGGUUUUCAUUCAAAGUGUAUUAAUGUUAGAUUUCAACUCUCCCAUCAAAAUCUCUCCUUUACUCGUGUCUCAAUUUCCCACUGCCGCCGUGACUCUAUAUGUAAGAUACUUAAUGAUAAUAAAAAUUAAUAACAAUAAUUUUAUUAGUUAAAAAUAAAGAGCAAAUUCGGAUAUGUAUAUGAUCAAAUGCGCGUUACAGUGAUAUAUUACCCUGGGUGCCGGAGACUUUUCUUUCGCGGUUUUCGAUUUCUGUUAUAUAUAAGUCUCGCGUUCACCCCUCGAUCGUGGCUUCGGCAUUCGGCCGACACCGGAGAUUAAUUCCGCUGCACGCGAGAAAAACCUCUGGUACUCAGGGUAGAGAUUCGUGAAAUACUGAAUGGAAUAAAGUAAAUACAUGGUCAUUUUCAAUGUAAACUAAGAAAUUCCAAAAAAAAAUGAAAGAAACAUUAAAAUGAUCUAAAAAUAUUAAAACAUUCUAAAAACUAUCUAAAAGUCAUAGGUUAGCUAAUAUUAGAAAAGAAAGUCUUUUCCAAGGUUUUAAAAUGGGUGAAAUUCUUCUCAUAUUGAAUGUGUCGAGGAAGAGCGUUGAAAAGCGAUGGCGCCAUCACUAAAAACGACCUGUCACCUAGUGUUUCGAUGUCAUAGCAUGAUAUGGCUCAAGAAGCAGAUCAUAUCAUUUCGUCGAAGAAAAUAAGUGUUGGGACGCUGAAUAGUUAGCAGACUACAAAGAUAAGUAGGUGCUAACUAGGCCAUAAAGGUCAGUAUAAUUUUAUCUAUUAUAGUGAAUGCACUCCUUCUCUGGCAACCAGUGAGUGCAAUUAAUUACUACAACAAUGGUCAGGAGUAAUAUGGCUAAAACGGGACGUACCUGUAACCAUUCAGCAGCUUCAUUCUGAACGCGCUGUAAUUACCCGGACACUUAGCAGGGAGACCAUGGUUGUUGUUGUGUUCUUCCCCGGGGUGGGGGGGUACUCGAUAUAUCCCUGGGUGGGGAGGCGCAGCGCGGCCCCUCAUACCCUGACCCUGUUUAAGACAAAUAUCGCUGAUUUUCUUACCCUGUUUAAGACAGAAUUCCAAUCUUUGAUACCCUGUUUAAGACAUUUAUCCUGUUUAAGACAAAAAAUGAUAAAUUCGAUACCCUGCUUAAGACAAAAAUCAUGAAAAACGUACCCUGGCUGGCCGCACGUCCCGAUUACGGCCCGAGUGUUCUUCAUUAUUGUCUACAUUCAUUCUUUCUAAUACGAGGCCGCCAUUUGUCAAUUUUAGUGCCUGGAUUAAGCACAUCUCGUGCGUUUUCCUUUGCCUUCCAAGAAAAAGAUCCAGUGGUUACGGAUGUCACACUAGCUAUUUUAAAACUACACGAGAACGAUUUCCUGGUCAAAUUGAAAAGAAAGUGGUGGGAUAAUGCCAACGAAUGUCGCCAAGAAAAGGAAAAAAGUAUGAAAGCUCUUUAAUUUGUAUAUGCUAUGUUACCAAUCAUAACAAAAAAACUCUUUUCCGUACGGGUAUUUAGACGCAUCCAAGACGUUUUGUGGUGAUGCUACACGAGACGAUUCGCAACACAGCGUUGCAACAUUGUUGCGACAUUGUUUCGAAUGGUUAGAACAUUGUUCCAGCAUUGCAAUGCUGUGUUGCGCUAAAAUUCGUCGUUUCGAAUCGUCACGUGUAAGAUCACCUUUAGAUUGCUUCGAAACAUAAAUCUUUUCAUCCGGAUAUUGUAUGAAAAGAUUUGAAGAUACGUGUAUAGGUUGCGAAUUUAACUGCGCGGAUUCCAUACACUUAUUUCUUUAUUUUCCGGCUCAAAUAUAUGAAUUUCAUGUUGUACAUUCAUUAGUUCCUUUCGAGAAAAAUAAUAGCGUAUUAUUUUCAUCGUCCGAGCGAUCAAGGGGAUUCGUACAAGUGAAAAGGCUACUACAUUCGAAAGUCAACCAGUGAUGAAGCAGUUUACUUUUUGUCACACUCUCUUCUUGAAACCAACUCUCUCAAAAUCUUAGUUUUCGGUGCCUAAAAUACGUCAUAACUAACUUUCGGAAUUGAUACAUUUUGUGGUUAACUAUACAGUUCCGUUAAAGUUCCAGUUUCAGUUUUAUCCUCCAGUCAGUACUCUUGUUACUACGGAUCGGAGUUGCAUUGAUGACGAAUACACGAUCAAUCAAAGCGGCGAAACCAACCUUAUCUUGCGUACACCUCUUCGCUUGUUCACUAGAGACGGUAAAUAGUUUUGCGAUAUGAUUUAUCCAAGGGUUCUGUUGGUAUGGAGAUUCCUUUAAAAGUUACUCUCAUCUCGCAGCAAGUCGGACACCACAUGUUCAAGUUAAGAGAGAGAGAAAAAAAGAAGCGACAAAAUUUAUGUUUUAGAUGAAAGUGAUGUACUUGAGUGUACCAUAUUUUGCAUUUUCAGCCUUGUCACAGAAACGUAUCGAUCUGAAGAGCAUGUUGGGUGUGUACGUCGUAAUGGCUGUUGGCGUAGGUCUUGCAUUCAUGGCGUUGAUUGCAGAAAUCUUGUGGAAGAAGAGAGCGACGAAGUUGAAGAUGAUUAAAUUUAAAAGGUUUGUGAUUUUUUUAUGA